CUAGGCACGUGGAAUGGAAGCACGUGCCUCUUCUUGCCGCGUAUUCUUAAUUCUGCGCAUUCAGCAACUCAGUCGAGCGCGAUAUUGCCAAACGAGACUGUAUUUAUAAUUUCGAUGCACUUUGCGACGGACUAUUGCAGUUAGCAGUGCUAAGGACAUCUCCCCAUCUGAAUCUGCUUAGACGUUGACCACAAUCAUGAACGGGACAGACCAACCCUUCACGCUGGACGGAGGCUUCAACCUAUUUGAACAUCGAAGCGCUGCGAUGCUUUUCUUCUAUUCGGCGAUCUUCGGAGUCAUUGGAAACUUGCAAACACUUCGAGUGUUGGUGAAGGACCAUCCACUAUCCAUGUCUAGUUCCCGCAUCCAUGUUCAGAUGGCGAUUGCCAACAUCCUUGUUGCAGCAACGGGAUUCCAAGCGGGCGCAAACGCGUGGAUCGGUCGUUGGGUGUGUGGGGAUGCCGGCUGUAAGGCCUAUGGAUUUUUCGCGAUGUUUGGAGGCAUGGCCAGCGUCACCCUAGCUGCUAUGUACGGUAUCGAGAGGUACCUCGUACAGGGAAAUUCUAAAUACUUUCAGUCCCGCACAGGAGGGCUGUUGACGGGAGCGGCUUGGGUGUUCAGCCUUGUGAUUGCUACGGGGCCUUUGAUGGGCUGGAACAGCUACGCCCUCGAGUCUUCUGGAACGUCGUGUUUGUUGGACUGGCGAGUGAGGGAUCAGGCUCAUAUCUCGUUCUUCCUCACAAUUGGCUCCGUCUUCAUGGUUCUGAUGAGCGCCGCCAUAUUUGGGCUGCGCAGCGCCAUAAUGCGCACAAAAACUGAUGACGUCAAAGGAGGAUCUGACUGGUUUACUGAGAGCCAGCUGAACUGGAUGGCUGUUGGUAAUCUGAUGCUGGUGCUUUGCGGCUACAACCCCUACCUGUUUCUGGCAAUCUGGUCGGUAGCAAGUCCGGCCCCUCUCCAGAUGGGUCCACUGGCCCCCUACGUUAUGGCCCUGAUGGUGAAGUGCUCCACCCUGUACUUCCCGCUCAUCUACUGUACAGCUAGCAAGCAGUUCCGGACCGCCUACUACCCUCACAUCUUUGGAGAAAAAGAAAAAGCAGCUUGGACCGGAAGUAGCACUGAAAAACUUGCGCUGCCCGAAUAAACUGAACACUUCAACAGCGAAAAAAAUAUAACAAACUACAUAUAAUCAUAUGUGCUGGUUUAAUUAUAUUUUUAUAAAACAGAACAGAACAUUAACAUGACAUCCUAGAUAAAACACUGGUCUAUUGUUUUUCCUAUAUGACCGAUCAUCUGUUUGUUGACAACGCAUACUUUUAUAUUAUAUAUUAUUGUAUUUUAUGAAUUUAAUCAUAUUGUAUGGUAGUUAACUUACGGUAAUACAUACAUUUUGCAUAGAUCAGAGGCAUCAUUACAGAAGCACCAACAGGUAAAAUAUUCAGGGUAAUUUAUUAAGGGUAACACAUUGAAUUGAGAAAGACUUACACUUUAAAAUGAGGUUUUCGUUUUUAAAAAUUUGAGUUUCCUUUUCUUACUUGUAGAAAAUACAUUUAGCAAAACACUUCCUUUUUAUGAAAUAAAACAGAUAUGGAAGGUGUUAUAUUUCAGGAAAAUGUACACUUUUAACUAAAAAUUCUUCUGUAAUACGACCCUUGUAAUUGUUUGCAAACAGUGCUAUAAUGUAUCUCGAUGUGGCUCUAAUAAAGGAAAUAUGUAGAUAAUAAAAUUAGUGAGCGUUUUUGCAUAUUCAACGUGUAUUCGCCUAUAGAAACGCAUGCUUUGAUAACAUGUAUCUUGUUUUGAAUUAAAUAUACGUAAUGCCUUUUAUAUUAGCUUUGCCAUUCAUGUUUUGUUAUGCUGUAUCAAUAUAAUUGAUGUCGCUAUUUUGAAUAAACAUAUAUCACACGC